AUGGAAAACAAGUCCAACGAAGCCCUCGCCCUACUCUGGGCUUAUGAACUUAUGCGGGAGAACAAGCAGUUGUUCAAGGGACUCAAAAAAGCGAACCGACAAAAUGCCUCUCACCCAACCACGUCAGCUUCCAACAAUUCACAUCAAAACAAUGAGAAAAUGACCCGCAACCAAAGACCCAAGGGUCUCACUGAGCAUGAAGCAAAGCAGAUUGGCCUAUGA